AUGGGGCCGGACGCAACCGGGGGCAGUGAGACCCGCCCAGCAGCUCGGGCGACCAAGAGGAACAGCGCCAUCAGAAAGGAGCAAAACAGGAAUGCUUCUCGCAUAUACAGAGAACGGAGGAAGCAGAGGCUGGCCUUACUGGAUCGUCUCCUCGAGAAGGACCAGGACCAAACACUUCCAGCAUCAUCACAGGAGAGCAAUUCAACGGGCCCGGCUUCAUCUCAGCUGGAAAACGUGCAACCUCCCUCCGGCUUGGCGACCUCUGCCGAGCCAGGCGAAAAGACCCUUGUCCAGCCCUCUUCCUCGGAGCCCCUGAGUGAAGGCGUGGGCGCCGUGGAGCCAUCGGCCCUAGAUGGCCUGUCCUUAGAUACCUCAUGGCAACUGCCAAGCACUGAUCCGAUGUGGAACUUUUCGGUCGACCAAGAUGGCGCUUCUGGUAUGGCACAGCCGCACCCAGGCCUGCCAACUCUAGCCCGAAGUCCUCCAUCCGUGCUUGGCUAUACCGCCAAUGAUCAGAGCUCCAGCAAUGAGGAGAUCCCAGAACUCAUACAAAGACCGCAGGCGAGGUAUUCCCCUACGGCAACGACAAUGGGCCAGGCCGAUAUCUUCUUUACCACUCCAGGGCAGCACCUAUCCAUGUACCUCCUCGGGCCUUCGAGCCCCCAGGAGAGCAGCAAGGGCAAAGGAAAAGCCUCAAGGGCUGAAUCGCCUUCAUCCUCGUCGAGACUAUCAACAACUUUGGCACACUCAACAAGAUCAGCAGUCACCACCCCGUGCACACUGCCAGGUGAGGACAGCCUCGGGGAGUUCAUGCAGCACCUAAUGAACCUGCGGCUCCCGGAUGUGAAACGGGUGAUAUUCGUGCAGCAGAACGCCCUCUUCGCCGCGGUAAUGGACAACACCCUCGCCAUCGGCGUCAUGAACGGCUCACAGGCGAUCUUCGACGACGAGGCGGGAAGCCCGUUCAACAGGGACUGGAUCGAGAGCAAGGGGUCGAUGCAGCUCGCGGACAUCAGAUCCAAGUUCUCGGGCGCACCCAGGGACUUACAGCCCGUUGACGUCCAGAUCACCGUCGAGCACCACGUCUACCUGGACGUCAUCCCCUUCCCCUCGUUCCGGGAGAGGGCGCUCAAGGCCAUCGCCCACGACCCGCCCCUGUUCGACGAGGACGAGCUGUGCUGCGACAUCUGCAGCAGGGAGGGGCUGAUCGUCUGGGGCUCGCAGGGGAACAACCAGGGCAUGGAGGCGUGCAGGCCUUGGGAUAUGCGCAGCUGGGAGCCGAAGCCGUGGUUUUUGAGAAAAUAUCAUUUCCUGGUGGGUGGGUGGGACGACGACAUGUGGAGGGCGGCAAGGUGGUGGCACACGAUGCGGAACGAGAGGAUUGCUGCUGGUCCAGGUUCACUGAAAUUGUAUUACUCCAGCAUCAUCGUUAUAAUGGAUGACUCUAAGGGCAUGGACGUAGCUUUUGAGGAGGCCAAGCAGUCCUACUCGGAAGGCGGAAUCCCGAUCGGUGCGGCGCUGGUGUCAAAGGACGGCAAGCUGCUGGGGCGCGGCCACAACCAGAGAGUCCAACUGGGCUCGGCAAUCCACCAUGGCGAGACGUCCGCCCUCUACAACUCAGGCCGCCUGCCCGCGAAGGCCUACCAGGGCAGCACCAUGUACACGACCCUCUCGCCCUGCGACAUGUGCACAGGUGCCUGCCUCUUGUACGGCAUCUCCCGCGUCGUGAUAGGCGAGAACGAGACCUUCCUCGGCGGCGAGGCCUACCUGCGCUCUCGCGGCGUCGAGGUCGUCGUCGUCGGCGACGCGCGCUGCAGGGAGCUGAUGGACAAGUUCAUCGCCGAGAAGCCUGAGCUGUGGAACGAGGAUAUUGGCGUGGAGGAAAGGGUGUACUCUAAGGAGUGA